AUGCCGCCAUUAUACUCCUCCGCCCCUCCACCCGGCGGCCGCGACUCUCUCGAACUAGCCUCCCUCGCCAGCUCUAGUCCAGGCGUCGAUACAAGCGAGACCGACUCCCGACCUAGCAUCUCGUCCUCUCGGCGUGCCUCCCUCGAACGAGACGAUCCCCUCGACAGCGCAAACCCAGCUGUGCGCACCCGUCCAGACCGAUCAUACUCUGUAACUUCCAACUUUGAUUUUGCCGCGAAUUUGUUUCCGCUCUCUUCCACCACCGGCGCUGGGUAUGCUCCUAUAGGGGCGCCAACUUCGGCGAGGGAUGUGAGCGGCGGGUUGGGCGGUGGGUCGCUGGAAAAGCACAAGACGUUGACGUACCUGAAUGGCUUGUCACUGAUUGUUGGGUUGAUUAUUGGGUCGGGUAUUUUCUCGUCGCCGAGUCAGGUCAACUCGAAUGUUGGGUCGCCAGGGGCUGCGUUGAUUGUGUGGGUGGUUGCUGGUGUGCUGGCGUGGACGGGCGGCGCAAGUUAUGCAGAGCUGGGAGGCGCGAUCCCAUUAAACGGUGGCGCGCAGGUGUAUCUCUCCAAGAUCUUUGGGGAGUGCUCGGGGUUUCUGUUUACGUGGGUUGCUGUGUUGGUGUUGAAGCCUGGAAGCGCCGCUAUUAUCGCCAUUAUUAUGGGCGAGUACCUCAUCAGGGCGUUCAUCGGCGCUGAGGCGGAGAUGAUUGAUCCUUGGUUCAACAAGACGGUGGCAUUGGUGGGGUUGAGUCUGGUCACAUUUUUGAACUGCGUUUCGACGAGAUUGGGGACGAGGUUGAACGAUAUGCUCAUGUUUUUGAAGUUUGUUGCUUUGAUCACAGUGACCAUCAUUGGUGUGGUGGUGGCGAUUACUGGGUACUCGGCUUCGGGAACCACAGCGAAUGUGGAAUGGAAGGAGCGCGGAUGGUUCGAGGGGACAUCAACGGAGACGUCGGCCUGGGCUGUGGCGCUGUAUGCUGGUCUCUGGGCGUAUGACGGGUGGGAUAAUACAAACUAUGUUGUGGGUGAGUUCCGCAACGCCAGCCGAGAUCUGCCGCGAGUGAUCCAUACCGCCAUGCCCCUGGUCAUCAUCUCCUACGUCCUCGCCAACAUCGCUUACUUCUUUGUCCUUCCUUUGGAUGCCAUCAACUCGACCAACACCGUUGCUGUCAUGUUUGGAUCGAAAGUCUUUGGAUCCAUUGGCUCUUUAGUCCUAGCUCUUAUUGUCAGCGCCUCCUGCUUUGGCGCUCUCAACUCAUCCACUUUCACUUCCAGCCGGCUCGUGUACGUAGCCGGAAAAGAAGGGUACAUCCCCUCUGUAUUCGGGCGCCUCGGAAAUGGCACCGGCAGCCCAGACUCACUCUCAACAGUCAGGACGAGAUCCUGGUUCAAGAAGAAGAUGUCGAAACUCUUUGGCGAUGAGGACACAGGGCUGUUUUUCACCCCUAUCCCAGCGCUGAUUCUGAACGCUGUCUUGACCGCCGCGUAUAUUCUCGUGGGCGAGUUCUCUACACUACUUACAUUCUACGGCGUGGCGGGGUACACGUUUUAUUUCAUUACUGUGCUGGGGCUCAUUGUCCUACGAGUGAGAGAACCUACGCUGGAAAGACCAUACAAGACGUGGAUCACCACGCCUAUCAUCUUUUGCUGCGUCAGCCUGUUUUUGCUGAGCAGAGCUGUGUUUGCGCAGCCGUUGCAGACGCUGAUAGUGAUUGCGUUUGUGGUGGCGGGGGUGCCGGUGUAUUUCUGGAGGGUUAGAGGGAGGGGGGCUCCAGAUAGGAGUAGGAUGAAGAGGGCUUUGAGUGAGGAUGAUGAGAGGCCGUGGUGGAAGUUUUGGGGGAGGUGA